ACGCCGAGCGACAGGUGCCGGAACAAACAGGCGGUGAAAAACUAGGGUCGUGGAGCCGCUUUGGUGGGGCAGGACUUCCGCCGGAAGAGCUUGCUGUCUCAGAAACUCAGAGCCGAGUUCCGGUCGGCUUUCUCCCUGGGAGUCUUGUGCCGGCGCCGGGUGGACGUCUGUGAGGAUGGCUUGCGCAGCCGCGCGGUCCCCUGCCGACCAGGACAGGUUUAUUUGCAUCUAUCCUGCCUAUUUAAAUAAUAAGAAGACCAUCGCAGAAGGAAGGCGGAUCCCCAUCAGUAAGGCUGUUGAAAAUCCUACAGCUACAGAGAUUCAGGAUGUAUGCUCAGCAGUUGGACUUAAUGUAUUUCUUGAGAAAAAUAAAAUGUACUCUAGAGAAUGGAAUCGUGAUGCCCAAUACAGAGGCAGAGUCCGGAUUCAGCUUAAACAGGAAGAUGGCAGCCUCUGUCUGGUACAGUUUCCGUCACGUAAGUCAGUAAUGUUGUAUGCAGCGGAAAUGAUACCCAAACUAAAAACAAGGACACAAAAAACAGGAGUUGGUGACCAAAGUCUUCAGCAAGGAGAGGGAAGUAAAAAAGGGAAAGGAAAGAAGAAGAAGUGACCCAGUAUGAGCAUCAUUUAUCUGAUACUAUGCCAAGAGACAUGAAUGGAGGCUUCUAAUUUGUAUCUGAGAGAAACAGAAGCUCUUUGUUUGCAUUAUUUUAUUGAACUAUGCACACUUGUGCCUCCCAUCAUCAUCAUCAUAGUUGACAAUGAAAUAAAUCUACAUCAGAACUUUGCAUCUAGCUUUUAUGCAGUAAAGAUUUUUUUUUUUUUGUCUUUCAAUGUAGAGUUUUUGUGGAAGGAAGAAUAUUUUUAAAUGGACUAUACAAUAAGCUACUUGAAAUCCUGUAUCUGUUUGUCUUCUAUGUAAAUGUAUGUUUCAGAUAACUAAGUUUAAUGAGAUUUGAAAUACACAUUUUGUUCACCUUUUAAGUUAAUGAAAUAAAAUUUGGAACUGAC